AAAAGUUCUCAUCUCGUUCAUAUUAAAUAUUAAUAUUAAUGUUAAUGUUAUUGAAGCAGGCGGAACGUUGCUCUCGGUGCUCGUGUUUCCGCCCGAGACGCACGCGCUGAACUCACGCGACACGAGAACGCCGAAGGCUUCACUCUGCACUACAUUUAUCUUAUUUAUAUUUAAAUAACACUUCAUUCAUCGCUUUGAUCAUGUCGGCAUCUGUGAUCCGAAGAGGGCUUGAAUUAUUUAACGAGAAAGAUAAAGUGAAGCGUAAGCAGAAGAAGAGCAGCUCUCGUAGGUCUGCACUGAUGGAGCAGAUCAGCAGCGAGAAACAGGGCGUUCAGAGACGGAUCCGGCAGCUGCAGCGACCCGGAGCAUCGACACGGAGCACCAACACGGUCAAAGACAAACACAUCCGGUCUGCUCUGGACGAGUACAGGAAGAAGCAGAAGAAGAGUCAGCUGCAGUCAAACCUGCAGUACUUCCUGGGAGCUGAGAGGAAUGUGCAGAGCCAAAAAACCAGAAAGAUCGUCGAGCAGCAUUCAGGACGCCGCGCGUGUCUUCGGCCCGAUCCGACCGUCUCCAAACCACAGCAGAACUCCGUCUUCACUGAGAAGGACUUCCAGAAGUUCCAGAAGGAAUAUUUCUCGAAUCUCUAACGAUGUGUGGAACAUCACACUCGUGUCUGAAUCCUCUCGGACUGAAGCUUGGCUGUAGAUGCACUCUUCAAAUGAACAACAGUGACUGUUUUUAGUGUACAUCGAAAAGCAAGGAAUUGAUAAACGGAGAUGAAAGCAGAGAGCUGUGAGAUACUGCUGCUGUGGAACGGAGGACAGAGACUCAACCCAACAAUCAGAACAGUGUGUCUGUGUGUGUGUGCGUGUGCGUUUGUGUGUGUUGAGGUGGUAUUAAAAUGCGCUGGAUUAAAGUGAUAGUACACCCGAAA